AUGUCCUCCAUCGGCGUCAUCCUGUCAACAAAACCCGGGGACUACACCUUCACCGAGGCAGAUUGGAACCACGAGUCUGAGGCCGUCGUCGCCAAGCUUGGCAAGGAAGCUGGCUUCAAUGUCUACCUCGCCAGCAAGGCAGCCGCCGAGAGGGCCGUGUGGGAGUUUCGCGACCAGCACAAGCCCAAGUUCAGCCUGGCGGCUAUCAACCCCUGCUUCGUGACCGGCCCGAGCGUCAUCCCCGUCUCCUCCCCAAAGGCAAGCGUCCAGGGCACGCCCGGCUUCGUCGACAUCCGCGACGUGGCGCGCGCUGUGGUCUUUGGUGUUGAGAACCCUGAUCGCGUCGACGGCGAGCGGUUCAUUCUCGCUGCGUUUUAUGAGGCGGCGUGGCUGCACGCCGAAAACUGGUGGUUCAAGUGA